AUGAGUGAUGUUGACAUCGUGCACCACCUCAAAGACCAUUAUGACCAGGAGGAAUAUGGACUCAGGUUCGUGUCUUACAUAUGUCCAGUGCAACUACUUCAACUAAUUUAUCAUGCUAGCGUUGUCAGCUUUCGUCGGAUGCGAAAUAGCUGGGGCUGGAAACGGACCAGGCAACAACAACAUACUCUUGAGUCCAUCGAACAGCAUGUCCAGGAGAUUCGACAACGAUUUCCACACCGAGACCUGCGCCAGCAGUUCAGCUUUCACGUACCCCACGAACUGAUCGCCAAGCUUCUCAAGAUCACAGAGCCAACUGCUGUGGAAGCUAGGCGUCGUGGACGUCUCAAACGGAGGCGUUUUUGGUGUGCGGGGGUUAAUGAUGUCUGGCCCCAAGACCAGCACGACAAAUGGCUGCGCUUUGGGUUAUGGCUGCAUAUCAGCCUCGAUCCAUUCACUGGCUGGAUUAAUUGGCUGAAAGUUUGGUGGACCAACAAGAAUCCACACCUUAUUGCUAGAUACUACCUUGACUGUUGCCGAAAACUCGGAGAUCCAGCACUCAACGGAACACUUCAGCACUGCUGGAUGCGAAAGCACCAGAACAUCAAGCCCGAAAUCAUGUGGUCUGUGCUUCGCAGGGACUUUGCUCCAGGUUUUGAGAAUAUCCUGGAGGAAGGUGUCACUAGGGGACUAUAUGACAUUCACAACACGCUGCAAAGCUACAUGUUCCGCUGGCUUGCAAUUCCAUGGCUCCAGGCUGAGCUUGAUGCAUGGGCUCAUCGUAGAAACCAUAACACUCCCCGCAGGGACAAAAAUAAGAUUCUUCCUCACGGCAUUCCAGCAAUCAUUCGUGCGAAACCUCACGAAUUCAAUUCACUUGACUUCAAAGUUCCAGUGCCAAGUGCGCUCUUUGAUGAGGUCGAAGCAAUUUAUGCUCCCUCUGAUCAUCCUGUCUUUGAUCUUGUCCCACCUUCAUUCGAGCAACGCGCACAAUAUCUCUAUACCUCACUCGGCAAACCGCAAGUGUUGUCGGAUUCAUUCUGGAAUGUAUAUCAGAUGUUACUGGCGCAGUUCCUCGCAAUCGAAGGUGAAGAUGACCUGACAGUCCUGCUUUCACAGGGAGUUACGGAACCUGAAGAUGAUGAUGUUCUAUUGCUUCCGAGCUUGCAGGACCUCCCUCAAAAUGCUGGCUUAUAUAUGGGAGGCAUGGUGAACCCGCCAACACAAGCACUUCACGGUGUUCAGGACUGGGGAUCACAAGGGGAGGAUCAGGAUGAUGAAGAUCAACCAGAGUUCACAGAGUUCACGGAUUCUGAGUCUGAGUCUGACAGCGGAAGAGACCGUAGCAGAAAUGCCUAG